AUGACGUGCACGGCGCGCACAGUGAAAGCCCAGGAUGACGCUGCUGUAGACCAGAAGGUGUGCACGAAGAGCGUUUCGCCAAUCACUGUAAAAGUUGAUGCCGACACGAAGACGGUCACAUUCACAUGCGGCGAAGGUUUUCAACACCUGUGGCCUGCUGAGUCGAAAGAAGAACCAAGCAAAUUGACUGAAUAUUUCACAGAUGACGGGUGCCAGAAAACGGAGAAACUCACCGAAACGUUCGGUGAGAAAUCCACGCUCCAGAAGAAAACCGCCGCCCCUACCGUGCCGCCUAGAGAAUUGCAAGCCAGGGACACCUCGCCCGUCUCCUACACACUGACUUUGGGAUCUCUUCCAGACGCACAACAGGAGAUAUACUUCACGUGCGCGAACAAGGCUUACAGUCCGCCCGAGCAGAGGAGCGCACCCAAAGAAGAAUCCUGCGUAGUGAAGGUUGUCGUCCCAAAAAAGCCUACCCCACCUCUGGGCACCUGCGUCCCUGGCGGAGGAGCUAUGAUCCUUGCCGUCUCUACGGCAGGCGGAAGUGCCGCAUUCAAGUGCGGCGAGGAAAACAGCAAACUCCUCCCAUCAGACACACGCGUCUUCAGCGAAGACUGCCAGCAUGAACAAUCCCUGAUCGCUGCGAUCCCUUCGGCCCAACUAUCCUCUUCAGGCAACUCCCACACCUUGACUGUGCCGAAGUUGCCGCAAGCGGGCGCCACCAUAUGUUACAAGUGUGUGGACAAGGAAAACGAGGGGAAGAACCAAUGCAGCGUCAAAAUCAGCGUUAGUGGUUCGGAAAGCUCCGGUGUCGCGGCGGAAACAGUGUCCGGAUUCUUGCAGAGUGCUCUCACUGUGUUUGCUGCCCUUGACGCCUUCCACUCUCAUUGGUGA